CAUAAAAGGAAGCCUGGUUUGGGACGCAUUUAUUUCAAGUCGGAGAUACAUCUGAAAAAGGUUUAGCAUUUUUGAUCCUAAUAAUCACUUAAUACAUUUGAUUAGACUCAUGGCUUUUCUGCUGAGUACCCUGGUGCUGCUUUUAGGAGUCCUUGGAACUAACUCUCUAUGGACAGUAAGCAAGAUAACAGCUCAAAGUGGAGGAUCUGUCACCAUUCCCUGUCACUACCAUCGGCUGCACAAGGACUUGCCAAAGUUCUGGUACAAAGGCAAGAACUGGCUUACCUGCUUGAGACUGCAACCUACCAACCAAGGGAAGCGACCAGCCAUCAGCUUUUAUAACAGCCCAAAUGAACUGGUUACAACCAUGACGAUGACAAACCUGCGCAGCAGUGAUUCGAACCGCUACUGGUGUGCAGUCAAAACACAAGGUUCCUUUGUCAGAACAUCUCUAGAACUUACCGUCACUGAGGGUACUCCAGAUCUGUCAGCAGCCAGCAACGUGGUGUCAGGUGAAGAAGGCGGCAAUGUUACUGUACAGUGUUUCUACAGUGACAAAUUUAAAGAUACUGAGAGAAAAUGUUGCAGAAGUGGAGAUCUGCACUCCUGUCAAAUGGCUCAGGAUAUAGAGCCAUCCCUUGGUGCAGCGCUACAGAUAAAUGAUACAAAUGAUGGCAUUUAUACAGUGACACUGACAGGACUGAAGAAGACAGAUGCAGGCUGGUAUUGGUGUAUGGCUGGGGAAGUGCAGGUUCCCGUUCAUAUCAAUGUUGAUUCAAGACAAUCCAUUACAGAUGCCAACACAAGACCUUUCACAUUUACGACAGCACAAUCUUUCACUUCAUCUAACUCUUUUGAUGUACACAACCAUAAUUCAGGAGCAACACUUGUACCCACACCAUCAAAAUUACCUGAAAGUACGUCGAUUCAGACAGAAAAAACUGACCAGACAUCUACGACAUCACCAAAGCAGUUUCAUUCAACGACACAGUCCUCAUCCUAUCCAACCACAACGGAGAACUCAAAAAAUGACCCAUCUCACAGCAGUAGUACUGAUAGGACAACACUUACCAGCAGAUCAACUACUCCACAUGUUGGUAGUAACUCUACAGUUACUCUGUCAUCUAAAAAUCUGACAUGUGAACCCAAAACCACUUAUGAAAGCAGAGACUGUAUUUGGGUGAUUGCACAAGUUUGUGGUGCACUGCUUAUAUUAAUGUUACCUGUGAUUUCCUGGAAAUUGUGGUCAUGGCAUACGAAGGCAAUCACAACAGAGGAAGCAACAGAAAUAACAACAGAUCUCCCUGCAAAUGACAGCGUUGAUCUGCUGGGCAAUGAAUGGACAAAUGCUUCAGUUGUGCAGUUCAGCACAGACUCAAAAACUGUCCUUAUAAUGUAACCGGUUGAGACCUCUGGAACACAGAGAUGGAAUAGAGGCUUUAUCAUAUCUCUGUGUCAAGAGCCACUCUCCUGCAGAGUUUAGUUUCAACACUAUUUAGUUGUACCUGAAUCAGCUAGUCAAUGUAUUUGAAUUUACUUGAAAAUGACAGCUAGGUGUGUUGGAACUAAACUCUGCAGGUAAGUGACUCUCCAGAAGCAUGAAACGGAAUUUGGUGCUCUCCACUUGUAUAAUUAACCUACACCCUUUUAAUGUAUUUAUAUGGUUAAAAAGUAAAGUUAUGUUAGGCCUUGUCUUUCAUCUCAACUAACUAACAAGGCUGUCAGCACACUUAAGAAUCUGCAAAAUAAUAAUGAUGUCCAAAACAACAGCAAUUCAAGUGCUUAACCUAAUUUUUAGUUUGUUUAUAAUUAUAUAUAUAUUUUUAAUAUAAUUUUGUAUUGUAAUGCAAAGAGAUUUAUACAUUUUUAUUUGGGGCUUAAGUGUCCAAAACAUUUUUAAGGUGUAAUUUGAAUGAUCAGUUUGGUUAAAAAAGGUCUGGUCACUCCCCUAAUCAGAAAACUUGUAUUGUAUACAGUUUCAGACUUGACUUCCCAACUAUCUAAUUUUGUCUUACAGUCAGGAUUUGUCAGAUGUAACCUAACACAGAAAGUUCUCUUUUGUCUCUCCUCCCCAGUCUUCACUUCCCUUCUAGUUUUUUUCUUUAAAGAAAUCCAUCUGUUUGUUUGCAUACCUUCUGAGUAGACUUAUAACUCAAUACUAAUAUGCUUAGUUGGUGUAUGUGAGAAUAUGUGGAAUUAUAUGACCUGAUCAAGCAGCUAUUAUAUGUACCAACCUUUCAAGCAAAGCUUAAUAUAUAGACAGUUGAAUGGAACAACAUAAUACAAUAUAUGACAAAGCACUAAUAAUGAUUAAAGGAAGUGUAAUACAAA